UCGCUUCUCGAAAAAGCCGUAAUUUUUGCACAGUCAUACGAAAKCCGCUCCUUUUAAAACCAAAAUCACCAGCUUUUACAUCUUUUGUUCAGUUUAUGGGAUUAGUAUUUUGUAACAUAUACAGAUGCUUGCAUUGCAAUCAUAAUAUCAUACUGACAUUUGAAACCCACCGCGAGACGAGACUACAACAGUGCAGUAGUAUCAUAACAACAGCAUUCAUUAAAAAAACUUCAUAACCUUGAUCUUACUCCUGCCAAUUUUGAAGACCGAGGUUCAAAAUGUCAGAUGAAACAAAAGAAACGUCAGGAGAGGAAUCUCAUCGCCUCAUCAUGGACGCUAAACAACCAGGGCGAGCUGUGCAUUUUGAAGAUUUAUGGAACGCAGUUGGCGGAUUUGGUCGAUAUCCACUAUGGAUCUUUGCGUUCAUGUGCUAUGUGACAAUUUGUGUUGACUUUCAGCAAUUUAUACAGCCCUACUAUGGMUCUGCACCUAACUACCAAUGCAAGCCAUGGGAUUCAACCUCCAACACCACGGUCUGCGGUAUYAAUAAAUGUGGAUGUACUAAUUGUACAUACGUGUUUGAUGAUGAAUUCACAAGUGCAGUGUCAGAGUGGAUGCUGAUCUGUGAUAAAGGUCAUCUCAAACCACUGUCCCAGUCCGUGUUCUAUGGRGGUCUAUUGGUYGGUUCUGUUGGAAUGGGUAAACUGUCCGACCAUCUUGGCAGGAAACUGGCACUAUUUAUCAGCCUCGCUUUGAUGGUGAUAUUUGGAUUUGGCUCAACGUUUGCCAACAGUUUCACGCUUUUUGCUGUUAUGCGGUUCGGUGCGGGUGUCGGAACGGCCGGUGUUUUGUUGGUUCGGUUUGUUUACUCGAUGGAAGUAUCGACUGUCAAACUGCGAACAACACUUGGUACUAUCAGCAACUUGUUUAUAGUGAUUGGUUCUAUCAUGUUAAGUGGAAUAGCGUUUUGGUUGACAGACUGGAGAAACUUGAUGUUGACUGCUACUCUUCUUUGCAUCCCACCAUUUUUAUUUUUGAAGUGGAUCCCAGAAUCUCCUUCUUGGCUCAUAGCAAAAGGAAGGCUUCAAGAUGCUCAAAAGGUCUUUGAAAAGUUUGCUGCGGCAAAUGGGUGUAAGAUUGAUCCAAAGCAGCUUGAAGCACUGGUCAAAGGUGUCAAAGAUUAUCAAGACCAACAAACAGCCGGUGCUGCUAAGUCUGGAAUUCUAGAUCUUGUAAAGACGAGGAAAAUGAUGAAAAGGACUUUGAUAUUGAGCUAUAACUGGUUUGUAAACUCUGUCGUUUUCUAUGGGAUAACAUUAAAUGCAAAAAAUCUUGGAGGAUCUUUUCAUCUCAACGUUUUGAUACUUUUUCUUGUUGGAUUGCCCAGUAACCUUGGUUUGUGGAUUUCCUUUAAGAAAUGUGGUCGUCGUAUUGGAUACGUUACGUUUAUGUUAUURUGUGGAUUAACAUCACUGUUAGUUUUAGCAGUUCCUAGUUCACAAGGUGAUGAUCCUAUAAUCAAGGCGCUUGCUGUACUGGGAAUAUUCAACAUAAUGACAACUUUCCCUGGAAUUUAUAUCUACACCUCAGAACUUAACCCUACUCUUCUAAGGAAUCUUGCUCUUGGAGUUGGUUCGAUGACAUCUCGUUUUGGAGGGAUAAUCGCACCAUACAUAGUAUUUCUCAAUGACUUCAUGCWAAAUCUGCCAUUUAUUGUAUUUGGUAUCAUGGCAUUCUCCGCUGGUCUCCUGGCAGUGUUCCUYCCUGAAACUCUGUUCACACCCAUGCCGCAGACCGUGGAUCAGGUGGAGUCCUGGGACGAGGAUUAUGGUCUGCCAUGUCGAAAGAAAAAGGAGSCUGAAGAAGUUGUAAUUGAAAAUGGUGUAGCGGUGCAGAACGGACCCACUACCGGAGAAACUACUGUGCUAUAAUCGUAGCUGGCCAUCGAUCAAGUGAAUUUAGAUAUGAUUUCUGAAUUAGAAUAUAAGUUGAAGUACAUUGACAACUAAAAUUUGCUCAGGUACUGUGUGUUCCGAGUAUUAGCUCUAGACUGUGGGAAACAAAAACAGAGAACAUGAGUAGCUUACUUAGUCGGUAGUUAAGGCCCAUGCUUCACCGGCAUCCCUUUCGAGCUUUUGUUUAUAUGCGUAAGUCACGCCGAAACAUAUCAAAUAUACCACAUUUAAAAAUCGUAAUCGUCAUUUUAAAAUUAUUAUGCUCAUUGCUGCUCAAAAGACCUUUUGUCUAUAUUUUUUUUUCAUCGCAACGUGGAUGCGGCAUUUUGUACCUCCAACCUUUUCCCAGAUCCUUUUUCCCUUGCUUUGCUUGCCGUACUUCCUCCAAGGCUGGAAAGCCUUUGUAAAACUAUAUGGGAUACUGGAAACUGCGAAUAUGGGGCACGCCAGUCUUCUCUGACGCCUAUGGUAAUCUUUGCACGCCGAAAAUGAACUGAGUGACCCUAUUCAUAGGUCCUUUUAUAAUCAGCCUAAUAAAAUAUAUUGUUGAUUUUCAAA